AUGAUCCUAUGCGCACUGAAACGGAUAAUAAUAGUAGGAGCUGCCGCUCUGGCUUGUUUACAAAGAGCGACCUGUGAAUUAACAAAAGAUGACGCAAAGGAAAUAAAAAAAUACUGGACUAAUAGGGCAUCCUAUUUCGGCAAAGAGACUAAUAUACGCAGCGAAUUCUUCACAAACUUUAGAGCUCUUAAUUUUCAUGCGCUUGCGUUAAUUUCGGAUAAACGGCUUGAGAAAAGUACCGAAAUAGAAACACGCAUGAGUGCUAUAAUGGAAGAGUUUGAGCACUUUGAAAAAGAAUCCAGCAAAGUUAUAGAAGCAACAAACUCAAUACUAGCUUUAUAUGGCUGCAUAGACUCUUUGAAUUCUAGCGAUGCAAAUAAAGGACAAACAAAAGAAGAAUUUGAAGCUGGAGUUAAAGAAAAUGAAAGUAAGUUGAAGAAGCUGAUCACACCAGUUCUUGACAUCAGCACUUCAUUGACCAGGAAAAUAAACAAGUACGAUUCAUAUAUGGUAGAAGUAAUAGAAGAACACAAUGGAAUCAAGAAAGAGAUUAUUGAGCUGCACAACCUGGCUCUGUUCAAACUGGCAAAGAGCAAUAAGAUCUUGGCUGCUGACAUAAUAUACACACUCUCUGAGAUAAACCCAUCUGAUCUAUGCGAUGAAGGUGCAAAGGAAAAAAUGGUAGAGAGUUUGUGUGAAAGAAUAUUAUCAGGUGUUAUUUCAAAGAGUAGCAUACAGCUUUUCGUAGAGUUUAUAGAAAAGGACGUAGUAGAUAAUCACAUGAAUCUAUUGCUAUCAGGCGCCAGACACUUUUAUCUGCUAUUUGGGCCAUAUGUUCCAAUAAAUGCAAAUAAACCGUCUCUGAUAGAUGACGGAACAUUGAACAUGUAUCUUAAUUUGCUGGAAGAAAACAUCGAUGAAGAAGAGCUAGAAGAGUACAUGGAUAUAACACCUAAACAGGUUGUAAAAUUAGUAGUAAUCGAAUAUGUGAUGAGCAGGUACCUUAUGGACUGCAAAAGCAACACCCUAUUCCGCAACCUAGGAAAGAUAGUAGAGAGUAUGUUUGGACCAAUAGAGUAUAGCACACAUUUUCAAGAAGACUUUAGAAUCGAAAAAGAAAAGCAAGACAGGAUACUUAAGAGUCUAUCCUACAUAUGGAGCAAUCAGAAAAACAAUGAUAUAUACAAUCAAGCCAGAGAGCUGUGCAGUGAAAUUGGCAUCGGCCACUACAGUUUCAAAGAAAUACACUCUAGCUUCGUGUCUGCUAAAUGGAUGUACGAGGGAGCUAUAGCGCCAUUAGCUAACACAGAUGAUCAGCAUUCAGACAACUUAGGGGUGCUGCUUGACAUAUCAUACAUACAUCCUCUGUGGUAUAUAUGCAAACGCUGCGAGCAUGUGAGUAGUUUAGGUAGUAUUAGCAGUAAUAACUCCCAUCUAUUUAGUCAAAUAGAAAAGGACAGAGUCAUACUUAGACCGCAUGCAAUAAAAGCAUCUGAUAGCAAAUUAGCACAGGCCAAGCGUAUGAAAGGCUGCAUUAGAGCAUUUUUCUCAAAUGAUAUAGAAAUCGUCAAUAGAGAAAAAGAUGGCGAUAGAUAUUCCGAGAUAGUUAACGAUUUCUGUAGCUAUCUCAGCAGUUCUUAUGUUUUGAGCCCAAAUAUAAACAAAAAAAAAGAGCCAAUUGAGCCUGAAUCCGCUGAGAAUUAG